AGAGCGCCAGCCCAGGGUCUCGAGCGCACGCUGUCCUCGGCUUGGUACACCGGCUGCCCCAAGAGAACCAGGAGAUGCUGGGGAUGCUCAUCAGACACCUUGCCAACGUGGCGGCAAACUGCAAGGAGAACCAGAUGACGGUGGCCAACCUGGGCGUGGUGUUUGGGCCCACGCUUAUGAAGCCCGAGGAAGAGACGGUGGCCGCCAUCAUGGAGCUGAAGUUCCAGAACAUCGUUGUGGAGAUCCUCAUCGAGCACCAUGUGAAGGCAGGUGUCGUCCAUGGAGGAGGGCAGCGUAUCUGACAUUCCUUGAUUUAAGUGAGAAGGAGGAUCUGUUUGAGGGGAAGAAUGUGGAUUUAUAUUAUGUCCAACAGAGGGCAUCCUUGAGGCUUUCGCAUGUCAAAUUUACAUACCUUGGGGACUUUUACAGUAUUUUUUUUUUUUUACCUGACUAUGGUUAAUGAAAAAUGCACCUCAUGGGAAACUUAAUUCUUUGGGUAAAAUGUCAAGGUUGCUUUCUGCACUGAGAAACUCAAAAAUUAUGGUAAAUUGUGACAUAAACCCAGGAAGCCAGUGCAGCUGUUUUCCUGAGGGUUGUUCAUUGACUGUUGGUUUAAUACUCAGAUAUAAGUUUUGACAGAAGUCCAGGCUCCCAAAUGACAGGGGCUGUCUAAGUGACCUUCUGUCUGCUGUCUUCCUGCUGGCUCUCGCUGUCAUUGCUGUCCCACACCGCUCAUGUCGCUGGCCCGUCUGUAUCAGUGUGAAGGUCAUACAGCUGCAUGCUGUCGACCUGCAGGAUUCUGCCUCUGCUGUGCUCGUUUUCCUUCUCUUUGCUUAGAGGCCCCUCACAGUCUCUUCUCUGUGCUAAAAGCACGCUGUCGUUCCCCCGUCACAGUCUCUCCUCUGUGCCAAAAGCACGCUGUCGUUUGACCGUCACAGUCUCUCCUCUGUGCUAAAACCACGCUGUCGUUUGCCCGUCACAGUCUCUCCUCUGUGCCAAAAGCACGCUGUCGUUCGCCCAUCACAGUCUCUCCUCUGUGCUAAAAGC